CUUCCUUAUGCAUGACUGUAGCUGACAUCGUCGGUCGCUUGCUUUUAGCUGUGUUUUAUAAUUAAAGAAUGGAAAUGUUUACUUUUAUAUGAGAACAUUUAUCGCACGCACCUUGCUCGGAUUUGUCUGUGUUUACAAGUGCCUGAGUUCUAUUACUUUAAAAAAGGACGAUGGGGUGUGCAAAAUCAAAGGAGGAGAAUGCGCCUGGCAAUGAGAAGGUCAUGAAAACAGAUUCAGUACGUAAAUCCCAACAAGCUCAUUAUGUGAAAGAUCCCACGUCUGGUAUUAAGACUAACAGAAACAGCUCAUCAAAUCUGCCAUGUACAACAGAUGGUCCUGAAGAGGUGGUCAUCACACUGUACGACUAUGAAGGCAUACAUGAUGGGGACCUGAGUUUUAAGAAGGGAGAGAAAUUAAAAGUCUUACAAAAGUCGGGGGAAUGGUGGAGUGCCAAGUCUAUGAUCACUGGGCAGGAGGGCUAUAUUCCCAGUAACUAUUGUGCCAAGGUCAACUCACUGGAGAGCGAGGAAUGGUUCUUUAAAGGUGUUAGCCGUAAAGACGCUGAAAGACAGCUUCUUGCACCUGGAAAUAAAACCGGUUCCUUCAUGAUCCGAGACAGCGAGACAACCAAAGGAAGCUAUUCUCUGUCAGUCAGAGACAGUGACACCCAGUCUGGGGACACUGUGAAGCAUUACAAGAUCCGAACGCUGGAUAAUGGAGGCUUUUACAUCUCCCCGAGAAUCACAUUCCUCACCUUACAGGAUCUCAUCAACCACUACAAGAGACAGGGGGAUGGUCUGUGUCAGGCCCUGACGGUGGCGUGUAUCAACCUGAAACCUCAGAAGCCAUGGGAGAAGGACGCCUGGGAGAUCCCGAGGGAGUCUCUGAAGCUGGAAAAGAGGCUGGGGGCAGGCCAGUUUGGGGAGGUGUGGAUGGCCACGUACAACAAGCACACGAAGGUAGCAGUGAAGACGAUGAAGCCGGGGACCAUGUCAGUGGAGGCGUUCCUAGACGAGGCCAACCUGAUGAAGAUGCUGCAGCACGACAAGCUGGUGAAACUCAACGCGGUAGUCACUAAGGAGGAGCCUAUCUACAUCAUCACUGAGUUCAUGGAAAAAGGCAGUUUGCUGGAUUUCCUGAAAAGCGAUGAGGGAAACCGGGUGCAGCUCCCUAAACUGAUUGAUUUCUCUGCCCAGAUUGCAGAGGGGAUGGCUUAUAUUGAGCAGAAGAACUACAUCCAUCGGGAUCUGAGAGCUGCCAAUAUUCUGGUGUCCAAGUCGCUGGUGUGCAAGAUCGCUGACUUCGGACUGGCCCGAAUCAUCGAAGACAACGAGUACACAGCCAGAGAAGGUGCCAAGUUUCCUAUCAAAUGGACAGCUCCUGAAGCCAUUAACUACGGCUCUUUCACGAUCAAAUCCGAUGUCUGGUCCUUUGGCAUCCUCCUAACAGAAAUCAUCACGUACGGACGCACUCCUUAUCCAGGGAUGUCGAACCCUGAGGUGAUCCGGUCCCUGGAGCGCGGGUACCGCAUGCCACGGCCAGAAGCCUGCCCCGAGGAGCUCUACGAGAUCAUGCUCAAGUGCUGGAAGAACAGACCUGAAGACCGGCCCACCUUCGAGUACCAGCAGAGUGUGCUGGAGGACUUCUACACUGCCACUGAGAGCCAGUACCAGCAGCAGCCUUGAGGGGGAGAGCAGGACACCGAACGGAAAGGAAUACUUACUGGUGGGAGGGGAGGGCCACAGUAACUAACUGAUAACUCCAGCACACAGUGUGCACCACGUUCUAAUAAGAGAGAUUCAAUACAAAUAAGAGAAAAUGUGCAAGUCUAACGUUCCUAGCUUUAGGAAGUUUUUUUUUUUUUUAACAAAUAUUUAUUCUUUGUUAGUUUUAUUGAAAAUCAUUUGUUGUAAACUAUUGCUAAAAAUGACUAACACAUUAUAUUUUAUCCCUGAAAAUAUUAGUUAAAGCUUUGUGAACAGGGCCUAACUGGAAAAACAAGUUACCUGAAGGGAUAUUUUGUGUAGUUUUUUUUGUUUUGUUUUGUUUUGUUUUCAGUUUAGAAAAAGACAGUGGCACAAACUUUGCACUGGAGAAAGGUUAAUCAGGACCUUCUGUUUCUUGUUUCUUGUCUGAGAUAAAAAAAAAUAAUAAUAAUUAAAUCAAUCAAACAUAAACACCGGCAAGUAACCCAUUAAAUGAUACAGGGUUAGAUCCCCAAAGCCAUUUGCUCCAAAUCACCAUAAGCACAAUUUCAGGAAGAAAAAAAUGCACCCAGUAAAGUUAACAAUCCAUUUGCUAUGGUGCUGUAAUUGCUGUUUUUGCCUUGCAGAUCAGAUGUGUGCUAAUGGCAAUUUGCAGUAUAUAACUUUGAGAAGCUAGACCAUCGUUGUUUAAUAUAUAUAUAUAUUUCUUUUACUUAAGAGGUGCACAGUUAAACCUGUCUACAAACCUGCAUUCAAACUGCUUAAGCACUAAUCCUCUCAGGGAAAGUCCUAACUGUGUGUGUGUGUGUGUGUGAGAGAGAGACAGGUGUGUCGGAUCAUAGUGCCGGCAGUUUUUACUAUGAAUGAAAAUUCUGAGAUUAGGGGAAUUAUUGGAAUAGAUUUAGUAAGUCGCUUCUGAAAAGUGAAAACAUAAACCCUGAAUCUUGGAGCAAACAUUUAGUAAAGCUGUUCCAUUUGUGCUUCGCUUAAAGACAGCUCUGUAAAUAUCUAUCUCAGUUCAAAUGUAUGUAUUUAUUCAUUUCAAGUAAUUUUACCAGGACAGCCCCCUGCAGAUUCAAUUCGGUACAAUGAUAUCAGAAUUGUCCAGCCCCCAAUGGACUGGGGCUACACCAAGCUUUGUUUUCAUUUUACUGUACAUUGUGCUGAGUCAAGCAGUAACUCGAGGAAGAAACGUAAUGUCAAGGGAAUCAAUUCAAUACACAUGGUAGCCAAAUUGUGGUUCACCUGGAUAUAGAAAAUACAGCAUUCUGGACACCAGGGCUUACCAUAUGCUUAAUUUUAAUGGCGUUUAUUUUUUAGUUUCCAUUUUGAAUGUUAUUGUAGCUCAAGUAUUCAGCAUUCUUAAAUAGCAGCUGGUUACUGAGCUAUUCACCGGUAUGUGUAUCAAGGGCUAGGUUGUAGGAAUGUGACUAGAUCUUUGUAACCUCUUGUUCCUAAGUAUGGCCUAUAUUAGGCCAAGGUGCUUCUUUAAAAUGUGGAUUAAGAGAACUGAGCCAAGCUUGGGUACCUGAGUUAAAACCUCUCUUUUACAUGAUGUCAGUGAUGAUGUCACAUCUCGUUGCUGGUCUCGGUGUAAGCCAGAGCCCUCAUGGUUGAAGGCCAUGGGGAUGGCCUUCUUCAUCGGUCAUAACAUCCAUCAGCCACCAGGGGGAGUGUCUUGGUAACAGGAAAAUGAUGAUUGCCAAUCCAUAUAUGAAUGUGAAGUUUGUAUGUUUUUUUAUGAUUUAAAAGCUGUCAAUUUGUAUUAUAAUAUAACUUAAUAAAUCAACAAAGUAAAUAAGAUUAUAAAAUACUGUAUAGUGCGUGGCCCUUAUACAUAAAUAAUGCCAAAUGAAGAUUUUUACAUUUUACGUGAAUUCCCUAUGAACGAAGUUUACUGUGCACCUCUAUCGUUGUAUUAUUGUUAUAGUUAUUAUUAUAGUUAUUGUUGUUAGAAUUGUUAUACAUACAUUAAUUGAAAAUACCUUGCACCCUGUUGCUCUUGACUUCUACAAUGCUGUUACCCAUCAGCUCUAGAGGUUCUUUUAGCAGACUAAUACUAUGCUGUGCAUGUGUUCUGCAAGCAGCACCAGCCUGUUCUUUACUGCAGCUAUAAUUAGGCUAUGGGACGCAGAGCUGCAAUAUUUUGCUGCAAACCGGGCAGUGGUUAACGUUUAUUGUGCCUUAUUUUUUUAUUUUUUUUCAUUAUUUAUUUAUUCUAUUUGACAGAUUAUACUACAGUACUAGGUUUGGUGAAAUUUUAAACCCUUCCUAUAGUCAAGAGGAGGUACCAUGGACAGCCAGGACAAGCACUUGUAAUGGAAUACCAUCACAUAUAGCAACACAUGCCUUUGAGAUUGUCAGUCUUACCCCCACUCUUCCCUUUUAUGAUGUCUUCAAUAGCUGUGUUUUGACGCUCAGAUACCUGGAUUUGUAUCAUUUUUCUGUUGCUCAAUCCAGCUGGCUGCUGUCUUGCUUGCGUUCUUUGGUUCACGUCUUCUUGAGGAAUCACGUGAUAGUCAUAUCAAAUCAUAUCAGGAAUGCUGGCAGCUCAAAUCAAAUUUAAAAGCAUACCGAGAUAGCUUAUUUUUGAGCUGCAUUGAUUAGCCAUAUAAAAUCUGGGACAGAGCCAAUGUCAUUACAAUCUACUGCCCUGUGCUCUUCGUGUCUGCUUCUGUGCCAUUUGAUAAAUCUGUGUUUUAGUUUCCUUUUUAUUUCACAUUUUGGAAUAAGCCAUUAGUUAAAUAUUGACAGAGAAAAAUUAGCAUGCCCUCCACCUUAUGAGAAAACCACAAAUGUGCCCAUGGCCAAAAAAACGUUGAGGACCACUGGCAUAAAGUCAUCACUCAGGAGACUUCGGGAAUCGGAAAUUGUGCAGCACGGGAUGUGGAAAUACAGGAAAAUGUAUCUUUAAAAUAUUACAGAAUUUAUAUCAGGGAUGCAUAUUCAAUAGCAAACUAAUAUGUCAGGUGAAAGAUAAACAGUGAUGUAGUGUUUGCUACAUGCACGCACACACACACACACACUAUAUAUAUAUAUAUAUAUAUAUAUAUAUAUAUAUAUAUAUAUAUAUAUAUAUGUGUGUGUGUGUGUGUGUGUGUGUGUGUGCGUCCAACACCUGUACAUUCAUUGAACCCCCCAAAAAGAUGGUGUAUAGAUUGUGUGUGUGUUAUGAUCCUUUUUAAAUUUUGAAUUUUUAUGGUACUUUUUUAAACAUAAUGUAAUGUUUUGAUUAUUUUGUAAAUGUUGUAUUUAACAGUUUCAGCCAUUGACGAAUUGUACUUUUCUGUGUAACAAUGCUUAAUUGAUUUUGCAGAUUUGCUUAUUAAAAAAAUGAAAAACAUGA